GAUUUUUGGUUUUCUGCUGAGUUUGCCGGUCAGAUGAAGAGAAUAUAAGGUGAAAGGUGGUCAUUUAAACACAACUCAAGACAGAACAUCACUCCUCACGCCAGCCACCGAAGCAUUCGACUCCUAAAUCAUGGAAUCUGCCAUUAACACGCUCGUCUCCCAGUUCAAGACUUAUGCUGGGAAAGAUGGCUCUGCAAAAACAUUGAGUAAGGAAGAGUUUCAGAGUUUGGUCACAUCCCAGUUACCUAACUUUGUAAAGAAUUCCUCUGACCCAGCCACCAUUGACCAGCUCAUGAGCUCAUUGGAUGCGAAUAACGACGGAGAGCUGACCUUCCUGGAGUUCUGGCAGCUUAUUGGAAAUGUGGCGAACCAACAUGGCGGCUUUUAGCCAAUGAAGAAACAUUCCGCAAUGCCAUUCAAUCACUUUAAUUUUACCUUGUGACUUCCUGAUGUAAUUAUAACACAGGCCGUGCUGUUGCACAGUUAAUGAUUCUCCAAGGUGACGGAAAAUAAAAGAAAGCUUUCUUUGAUUCUCAA